GCCUGGAGAUGCGGAGAACAAACCGUGGCAGGGGAUGAUCAUUGUUAACUGGACCAUGGAUGACGCUGUUCUUCAUGGCUCCCAGUAAACGUUGCUUGUGUCCUCCAGCUACUCGACAAGAUUUCACAGCUUUCAUCUUCUUGACAACUCAUCAUACCUGUACGGCGGUAACCAGACGCUUCACCGACCCAGUCUUCCUUUCCAGCCGCUUCACUCCUACUCGUCUUUGAUCUUCCUCCCGCUCCCGCACCUUAACGUACACACUCCCCAUGUCCACCCUGCAUCGAAACGACAGAUCUCCCUCCGCGGGAGUUAGCGAAUCCUCAAGUCCUGACUUUAUAUCACAUACCCCAAGGUCAUCGAGCAAACAAGUGCGUCAUCGGGCCUCAGUUGCCUGCGCCUCCUGCCGGGAAAGGCGGAUACGUUGUGUAGUGCCCGAAGGAGAGUCCGGGUGCACACAGUGUAAGAAGACCGGAGCAGAGUGUAUCAUAAGAAACGAUGACGAGAGGCGAAGGCCUAUAUCCAAAGCAUACAUGUCGUCACUAUCCAACCGAAUCACUCUCCUGGAGGAGAUGCUGAGAGAAAGAGGCGUCGCGCCUCCUCCAGCCGUCCAUCCUCCAAAGACGAGACAGGAAGCCAAAGAAAUGCAGGAACACGAACAACACGAUGUACGGUUCCGCGAAGACUGUGAGACUCCUGGCCCGAAUCAGGCCAACUCUUCCAUGGUGGCAGAUACCCCCUCCCCACCGAAAUUCAACGUGGAAGAAGUACAAACAGAUGCUACCGACGACAAUAAGCAAACACCCGAAGCUCCAAGCGAUGAUUCUACACUUUUCCCAGAGUUCGCCUCCCAAUGGGAUGGAGAUGUACGCCAGUUCUUGGGUGUAAAGAGCAGGUUCUCUGUCAUGUCAGGGAGGCUGCAGUACUUUGGUUCUACGGCGAGCAGCCACGUUCACGCCCAAAACACCUCGCAGCCCAGCCCACCAGGGACAAUAGAUCACGCAAGCCGUGUCAAGCGUGUCAUCAAAAUUCUUGGCUCAUCCACCCAUGACCACCUUAUGAGCUGCUUCUGGGGCCAUUACAACCCUGCGGUUCAAGUCGUGGACCGUGAAAUAUUCGAGUCAGGCCGAAAGAGCCAGAACCCGAGGCAUUACUCAGUAUUCCUUCAUAUUACGAUGCUUGCUGCCGGGUACCGAUUUGCGGAGCGAAACAGAGAAGAUGUGAAGAGGUUGAUACUUGGAAACUGGGAAAGCACGUUCCAUCGGGAGUCCAAGUCUAUGCUGGAUGCCGAACUAGAGAGACCAGGUGGGAUACCGAGCAUCCAGGCGCUCCUCAUCCUCGCAGACCUCGAGUUUGGCGCUGGCAGGGACUCAGCCGGCUGGAUGUAUUCUGGUAUGGCGAACCGAUUGGCUAUCGACAUCGGACUGCACGUAAACGUGCCAGACAGCGGCAGCGAGGUUCUCACGGCCGAGGAACCGCUACGUCGGCGAGUCAUGACGGCGUGCGUCUUGUUCGAUAGAUACUGGGCACUUCUACUCGGCCGCUCCCCAAGCAUUCGGCAUCGCGACAUUGGCAUAGAGCUGGGGCUCCAGCCGAGAAAGGGCACAGCCAUGCCGACUGCAUCACCGACGACCCCUUUCGAUAUGGUGACGUCCCAGUCACCGGAAAUUUCCCUUCACCAACAUCUUCUCGAGCUCAUGAGCAUAGCGGCCAAGAUCCUGGAGUUGCAGAACCAACACGACUAUGCCGAGUCAUUGUUUGCAAACAACAAGGCAGGCGAGGAGGCCUACCAACGAUUGUUUGCACUGGACAGAAAACUGCAAGCGUGGUACCGCCGGUUACCGGACUUUUUGGCUUGGACACCCGCCAACAUUCAGGCAGCACCCGUUGGCUUCUUUAUGUUGCAUCAACAAUUCCAUACUUGCAUGGUUCUGCUCCACAGGCCUUGGGCAAUGUACGGCAAUGAGGACGGAUCCAAUCCUACCAUGUCAUAUGGCCAGUCCACCGGGUCGCUCCCGGGCGUCAGCCAUCACCAUAGGGUUGCCAUUGCUCGCCGGAUGUGUACCCAGCAUGCCAUCCGCGUCGCCCGCAUCUUCUGGCACCACCGCCUCCGGUUCGACGGCAGGAGACUGCCCAUCUUCGCUAUCCAGCAGGCGGGCACGUCGGCGAUUGCUCUGAUGGCAGCCCUCGCGAACCGGACCACCGAGGUUGACCAGCAGAGCAACCUGCGAUACCUGCAGGUUUUGUCGGCGGCGAUUUAUGAUAUGUGCUAUAUCUACCAGCCGGCAGCGAGGAUGUACCGCCUGCUUAAGUCGAUGUUGGUAGACAUUCGCAACGAGGUUGUCACUGGUGUAAGCGGUGUUCACGCUCAGUCGAAGACGUCGCCAGAAGUGACAGCAUCGGCGCCUCCUCCGUUCCUUUACCAUACCCAUCAGAGGAGCUACAGCACUCCCAUGGUCGGCCUGAACUUUGGCGCCCCCGACUGGGCUACCCGCGGCUCGAUUCCCAGUGGUGGAGGAGACACUCAUGGCUACCCGCAAUUCUCUGGUCGGCAACAACCGGAGAAUGAUUUGUUUGGGGAGAGUGAACAACCUCCUUCAUCAAAGAGACAGAGGUGCAGCGGCCCGAGCCGAAGAGCAUCCGAUUUUGGUGGCUGUGUUACUCCUUCACUUUUCAAUUUUGGUGGUUUUGGUGGCACCUCGUCGUAUCCCACUCCACCACUGGCUUCUCCUAGAGAUUCCGGAGAGGUACUGGGCCAAGGCGGUCAGACUAAGGAUAACAACACGCCGAUUCCGGAUGCAUACACUGACGACAAUGCGCUCUUUGAUUUUUUGGAAGCCACGGCGCUUGCUACGGUAAUGGAGGAGGAUGUCGAAACAGACUCUGUGUCCAGAGCUGCCAGCACGCCAACUGUCACUUCCCACAGCCACAAGGAGGGCAGCGACACGGCGGAAGAGAGUGCAGAUAAGCCUGCUACUGCUUCAGAAACUGACGCCAACAAGGCUACCGCCGAGGAGAGCCAGGAAUCUGGAGCGCCAAAGGAUGAUCAGGGCAAGGUGGCCUCUCCUGAAACCACUAGGGAUCCCAAGGUCUCAGUCUCUGCUCCGGCUCAGGAAGAGGAUUCAGACAGCAACAUCAUCGAAGAAUGGCUUGCCGAGCCAUUACCCUCCAUCGCCGCAACCUCCAGUACCAGCAAAACCAUCAACCCCGCCGCCCUCACAACAAUGACAAACCCCACAGCUGCUCUGAUACCAUCACCAACGACGACAACCCACCACCACUUGGGCAGGUUCCAACCAAUUAUUUCUCAUCAUCGUCAACAACAGCAGCAGCAGCAGCAGCAGCAACAACAACCCCCAAACCCACCACCCUACAAACGAGACGCCCGCCUAACCAAGCAUGACCACGCGGACCUCUUUCCCCGAUUUAACAAGUCGGCCAUCAUCGACGCGCUCGUGUCGGCGGCGGGUAUCAACUUUGAUCUGUCUCUUUGUCGGGAGGUGGAUGUUGAAGAUCGGAAUUAUGACCAUGAGCAUGAUGAUGUUGCUGUUGUUGUCCAUGAUAACGAUAGUGAAAAGGAAAACGAAGGUCAAGCUGGGAAGGGCGCAAGCGGUGGAUCAGCAGCGCAUGGCGUCAGCUUGAGUGAUUUGCUGGGCAGCAUGGGAGGUUAUGGGAAUGGGGGUAAGAGGAGGAUUGAGGAGGUUGAAGGUAGUCACGGUGCUGGUCUUGGGUGUGGUUAUGCGGCUGCGACGAGUGCUGCGAAGCAGGCGAGGAAUGUGGAGUUGGAUUAUUUCCGGUUGUGAGGGGUUUGGAUGUUGUAAGAUGGAAGUUGUGUGGUAGAAGAAUUUGGAUAUAGACUAGAUUUCUUCUGCCUUUUGCUAGAGAUAAACCCAGUAUUUU